AUGCCCACGAAGCGGCCCGAAAUGGUGGUCGGCGCAUUCCCUAUCGCCAAGCUCGCCGCGCUCGCCUUCCGGCAGCUGAGCAAGCCGCUCGCGAACCACAUCAAAGCCGGCGCCAAAAAGAGCCCCUUCUUCCGAACCUACGUGUGCAUGCCGCCGGCCCAGAUCUACCACUGGAUCGAGGUGAAUGUCAAGAUGCGCAUCCUCAACCUGGGCCGACCCACCGACGUGCCCAAGCUCAACGAAGCCAUGGCCAUCGAACUGGGCUCCGAACUCCUCGGCGAAGUCAUCAUCUUCACGUCCGCCGCCGCCACCCUGGUCGCCGAGUACGUACGGCAAGCGCGCAACGAGCGCCUCAAGGAGCAGGCCAAGGAAGACAAGCAUUGCUGCCUCGAACGCGAGGUGGAGGAGCUCCGCUUCCUCGCAGAGAUGCACGAGGCCCAGAUAAGGCACCUGUCCAGGCUCGUAGGUGACAAGAGCGGUGGCCCGCCGGUGGGCUUGCCGACGACGAGGAGUGCGACCACAUCGACCGUCGAGGCCGGGAAAGUCGCCGAGGUCGCCGCGACUCGAGGAGCAACGCGUGGCUUAGCACCCCAUCCGGUGGCCGGCGACCCCAGUGCCACCCAUACUCACAGCUGUGAAUGUGAUGCAGUCGACGGAGACCGCGGCAAGACGACGCCCAAUGGGACUGUAGUCAGGGCGGUCGAUGAAGCCACGUCCACCCUCUUAGGAGCUCGAGCUAGCAAGUCGUAGCCAAGACGUCGCCGAGAGACAAAAAAGACACCGGGUUUUUCCUUUUCGGUUUUGCUUUUUAUUUGAGCCCCUCCUUAGCGAAAAAAAUGUUCUGUACUAUACAAGAAGUGUAUAUAUAUAUAGGAAGCGGCCAGUGCGCGACUUGAGUGGCAACUGCAGCCCUUGUUUAUUUUUCUUCCCUUAGGUGCAAUAAAACAAUGAUGCUUCUUUUUGGCACACACUGCAA